AUGUCUUGGUCGUUGGAUACCCUUCCACCAGAAUUAUUUCGAUAUAUUCUGGCAUAUCUUUCUCCCGAAGCAGCAUCUGCUCUCGCACAAACAUGUCGUAAAAUGAAUGCCAUUACUCACGAUGAUAAAAUUUGGCAACAGUAUUUUUUUCAAAGGUUUACAUAUGUAGUGCGCAAAAUCGACUAUUCCAAUGAAGAAUAUUUAUCUUCUAUUGCUCAAAAGCCUUUCAAACUACCCGAUGGUUACACUUGGCAAGACUGUUUCAUUGAAAGAUCAUUUCAAGACAAACAUAUUCGAUCACUUCUAAACGAAAUCAUUUCUACACGAAAACAUCGAAUUCACAAUGCAAAUCUGAUUUCAUCAACGUACGGCCUUCUCGCAUUGGAUGCCUUCAAACAUUAUUUUCCGCCUUCUCCUCAUGCAUCAAAAUCGAUCUCUUUGGAUUCACGUAAUCUGACUCGUGAAUACUAUUCAUUAGAAAUCGCUCGAUUGAUAUCACGACAAGCUGGUUUGGCGCUUCUGAACGAUAUGAAAACUCGACAGAAUAUUCCAACUGAAGGCAAAGCGUUACUGAACGCUCUAUUCAUUAUUCAGUGCUUCCACCCAGAUGGAAUUCUUCUUCAGUUGACGCGUCUACAUGCAAUAGGUAAACGACUUGUUGACGAUCCGAUGUUUUCAACAUUGAAUUUAACUGAAAAAUGUCAGUUGAUUUUAACUACGAUGAAAAACGAAAGUUUUCUUCCAGCAAAUGGUAGUACCGAGUAUUACGAUAUCAGUAACUCAUUUCUUUUCUCGACAUUUCAUGGUAAACCAACGAUUCCACUAACUCUCGUCUCAAUUUUUUGUGCACUGGCUGAAGAAUGUGAUUUAAUCGCUCGUCCGCUCGGCUUGCCUGGUGAAGUUAUGGCACAAGUUUAUCAAACGUCUGCAUCGAAUGAUACUCCAUCCGUAUUGAUAAUCAGUGUUUUUGAUGGUAAAAUCAUGACUCUCGAUGAAAUUAAUGAUCGUUUGGCAGAUUUUCUUGACGAACCUCUAACACAUCCAUUACCUGUCACAUCAAUACUAGAGCUAAUCAGUCGAUCAGCACGAAAUAUGAUCAACAGUAUAACACAAUAUCCUACGUCAUCGUUGAAUUCCUAUGGUUUGUACGCUGCUGUAUGUGUGCUAAAAAGAUUAGGUGCCGGUGCAUUACCAUUCACAUUUGAUUCGAUGAUGCACGUGCUCAAAGAACACUUUCCGAUGGACAUUCAUCUGUUUGAUAUACUCGCUUCGCCGUUGGGCACCAAUGCUGAUGAUCUCCAACGAAUACAAGAACAAGAUGCAAAUCCUCCAAUCGUCGAACUAAAGCGACGCGAAGAUCCAUCGCCAAAAUAUUUCAUCGGUCAAAUUUUUCAACAUUUGCAGUACAACUAUUGGGGUGUGAUCUGUGGAUGGGAUUCCUCUUGUAUGGCAUCGCCCGUAUGGCAAAUUCGUAUGGGGAUAUCAAAUUUGACACGAGGUGCAACACAACCAUUCUAUCACAUUCUAGCAGAUGAUUCAUCUCGACGAUAUGUUGCCGAAGAUAAUAUCGAUACUCUUGCAUUUACUUGCAUUGAAAAUGAAGAAAAUAAAUUAGCUAUUUUUCGACGAUUAUGUGCAGCUGAUAGCAUUGGCAAACAAUUUGAACGACUGGACAUGGCUAAUGCAAAGUUUAUUCCAAAUCUUGAACUACGUGAGGAGUAUCCCGAUGAUUUCGCUUAA